AAUAUGGCAUCUACCCUUUUAAGGAGGACAUUCGUAGGACUUCGGUUGAUUCGGCCAUCGAUUGCUAAUACGCAGAAAUCCCAAAUUUACAGUUCUUUCAUCAAUAUGAAAGCAUUUUACAGAAGGGUUGAUCCUUCUUCCCUGGUAUCUACAACUUGUAGCUUGGUGUGGUUUGCUGUGGCUUUUUCAACAGUUGGAGCAAAAGCAACUUUUGUCACAGAAUCUGUGUCCACUAGUGAUCCUGUUGUUUCUGUUGAUUGGCUUCAUGCUAAUCUUAAGGACCCUGACAUGAAGGUCUUGGAUGCCUCCUGGUACAUGCCAGAUGAGCAAAGGAAUCCAAUUCAAGAGUAUCAGGUUGCACACAUUCCUGGUGCCCUUUUCUUUGAUGUGGAUGGGAUAUCAGAUCAAUCAACAAAAUUGCCACACAUGUUGCCAUCGGAGGAAGCUUUUAGUGCUGCCGUUUCUGCUCUUGGCAUCGAGAACAAAGAUGGAGUGGUUAUUUAUGAUGGAAAGGGAAUAUUUAGUGCAGCUCGUGUUUGGUGGAUGUUCAGAGUAUUUGGGCAUGACAGAGUAUGUGUGUUGGACGGAGGCUUGCCACAAUGGCGUGCUUCGGGUUUUGAUGUUGAAUCCAGUGCUUCUGGAGAUGCAAUUUUGAAAGUUAAGGCCGCCAGUGAAGCGAUAGAGAAAAUUUAUCAGGGACAGGCAGUUGCCCCAAUUACAUUUCAGACAAAGUUUCAGCCACAUCUUGUCUGGACACUUGAACAGGUCAGAAAAAAUAUUGAGGACAAAGAAUACCAGCAUAUAGAUGCUCGAUCAAACGCCAGGUUUGAUGGAGUUGCACCAGAGCCUCGAAAGGGAAUAAAAAGUGGUCAUGUACCAGGAAGCAAAUGUAUUCCUUUUGUUCAGAUGUUGGAUGGUUCACAGACCCUCUUACCUCCGGAUGAGCUUAAGAAACGAUUUGAACAAGAAGACAUCUCUCUGGAUAAACCUGUGGUUGCAUCUUGCGGCACUGGUGUGACAGCUUGCAUUCUUGCGCUGGGUCUCCAUCGACUUGGGAAACCUGAUGUUGCUGUUUAUGAUGGAUCUUGGACUGAAUGGGGAGCACAAGCUGACACACCUGUCUCCACUUCAUAAGUCAUGUAGUACUACAAAGGGUUAUUCAUUUAAGUAUGCCCUAUUAUGCAGAUUUUCUUCAAACCCGAAGAUUCAUGAUGAAGCUGAUUGUACUUAAAAUGGAUCAAAUACAUCUGAGUUGCUUUUAUUUCGAAUGUGUUAUUAGAACAUGAAUAUUUUUGUAUUGUCAAAUUUUAGAAC